AUGAACAAUUCCUCAGAUCUCAGUGCGACUUCCUAUAAAACACAUUCAGAGUACAAAGCUGCAGAACAGAUCUGGAUUUACAUGUCACCCGUUCUGUUGUUCAUAGGUACAGUUGCCAACACACUCUCAAUUAUAGUGUUGCUGCGCAAACAGAUGCGCAGUACAACGACAAUGUUUUAUCUAACAGUUCUCUCGUUUGGCGAUAUGAUGGUGCUCUAUACCGGUUUACUUCGACACUGGAUAAAAUGGGCCUUCCACGCAGACAUCCGCGUGAUAUCGCAAUUCUCCUGCAAGACACAUACAUUUCUUGUAUAUUUUUCUUUGGACUUUACCACAUGGGUGCUAGUUGCAGUCACUGUAGAUAGAUGUAUAUUUGUGUGUUUACCUUUUAGGGCCAAAACAAUUUGCACCUUAAAGCAUGCCAAGAUUGUAGUGGUUUGUAUCGCUCUUGUAAUGACUGCUCUGAACAUCCAUCUUUUCUGGAGUGUAGCAGUUGAGAUGGAACUUGGAGAGUUAGGUUGUGCAUAUAUGAAUGAUUUCACAAAGUUUACCUGGCCGUGGAUUGAUUCCUGUGUGUUUAGCAUAAUUCCUUUUAAUCUUAUGAUAAUAGCAAACAUAAUUCUCAUAAAACAUAUAUUAAUGUCCCAAACGCGCGUUGCAGCUCACACGCAACAUGGCGAAAGUGACGUGCAACAAUCCAAUGUACAUUCAAAGCAUAGGAAAGUUACAAGUGUCACAACAAUGUUGCUGACGACCAAUUGUAUGUUUUUGGCAUUAACUUUGCCAAUUGCAAUCUACCUUAUUGUGUACCCUAAUAAAAUCCAAGACGCAACGGACCACGGAACCGCUGUUUUGGAGUUGAUAUGGGCAAUCGCUAAUAUGCUUCAGUAUACUAAUAACACCAUCCAUUUCUUUCUUUACUGCUUGACUGGACCUCGUUUUCGACAGGAAAUUUUAAAAAUUUUCAAACUAAAGGCUAUGUCGACAUAA